AUGUCAUUCUUGCAGCAAGGGCCUAGAGCUAUAUGCGUCUUGUCGGCCAACGGUGCCAUCUCCACUGUGACUCUUCGUCGGCCAUCAACUUCUGGAGGCACUGUCACAUAUGAGGGGCGCUUUGAGAUAUUGCGUCUGUCAGGCUCUUACUUGCCUACUGAUAAUGGUGGCCCUCGCAACCGAACUGGUGGUCUAAGUGUUUCUCUGGCUAGUCCUGAUGGUCGGGUCUUUGGUGGUGGAAUAGGGGGAGUGCUAAUUGCAGCCAGCCUUGUUCAGGUGAUAGUGGGGAGCUUCUUGUGUGGUAGUCCAAGAACAAAGAACAAGGCCGGUGAAAUUCUAGAAAGUGGUGGAGAUUCAGACCACCAAACAGUUGAUAAUCCAGUCACUCCAGCUAGUGUUCAGCCAACUCAAAAUCUUACUCCGACUUCUUCCAUGGGUGUUUGGCCAGGUUCACGGCCAUUUGAUGUGGAAAAUGUUCAUGCUGACAUUGAUUUGAUGCGUGCGUGA